GUAGUUUUGCACUUGUUUUUUAUUUGUAAGUAACUGAGUAACUUCCAAGAUCAGGUAAACCCGCCAUAAAAUCUUCCACCGAGCAGCAGGACAUUCUCUCUCUAGUACUGAUCAAGUAUCUGUGUGUCUUCCUUCCUUGCGUCCUUCCUUCUGCGUUACUCAAUAUCAAAGAUAUUGUUAAGAUCAUGGGAAACUUAAAAAUCAGGGACUAUGACAGCAUUACAUCUUUUCUUGGAUCUUGGGGACCUUUCCAGCUGAGGAUUUUUCUGGCACUGGCCAUCAGCAUCCUCCCGAAUGGCUUUAUCGGUGUCUAUAUAGUAUUUGUGGGUGAUACCCCACCUCACGAGUGCUAUAUCCCCGAGAACUACAGCAUCAGUGAGAUGUGGAGAAAUGUGACAAUCCCACUGGAAACAGUCAAUGGCAUUGAGAAGCGCAGCUCCUGCUCCAGGCUCAACCUGGACCUAGUCAGGAACUUCUCCCAGAAUGAACUUGUUCCAAAUGUGGAUGUUAACGUGAGUAAAGUUCCUCUGGAAAGUUGUUUGAACGGGUGGACAUACAGCAACCAAAUCUACCAGUCAACCAUUGUCACAGAGUGGGACUUGGUUUGUGACAAUGCAUACAAAAUACCACUGACCACCUCCAUCAAUUACAUCGGUGUGCUGUUGGGGGCAUUAAUCUCAGGCCAGAUGUCCGACAGGUAUGGAAGGAAGCCUGCGCUUUUUUUCAUGAUGAUCCUUCAAACUUUGGCGAUCACGGCUCAGAUAUUCUCCCCGAGCUGGGAGGUCUUCACAUUUCUGUUUUUCUUGGUGGGUGCCGGGGGAUUUUCCAACUAUAUCAUUGGAUUUGUGCUGGGAAUAGAAAUUCUAAGCCCAAAUGCACGAGUGAUCUUCUGCUCCCUCAGGGUUUUCAUGGCCUCGGCUGUGGGUUACAUGGCAAUGCCCGCGGCGGCUUACUUCCUCCGUGAAUGGCGGAUGCUGAUGAUUCCCAUGGCGGCCUCUGGCCUGAUCUACAUCCCUCUGUGGUGGUUUAUACCAGAGUCGCCUCGCUGGCUGCUCUCUCAGGGACGCAUGAAGGAGGCCGAGGUCAUUCUGAGACGUGCUGCCAAGGAAAACCACGUCGAGGCUCCACAAGACAUCUUUACACAAGCUGAGAUUGACAACACGCUGGCCAUGAAAGAAAAUAAAUACAACAUUUUAGACAUCUUGAGGAACUGCAACGUGUUCUCCAUCACAUUAAUUUGCGCGCUCCUGUGGGCCAUCAUCACCCUCAGUUACUACGCUUUACUCCUCAACACGUCCAACCUGCAUGGAGACCCUUACAUAAACUGCUUCUUGUCUGCUGUGACUGAGGUGCCAGCUUACCUCAUCGCUUUAUUACUGCUGCAGCACUGCUCCAGGCACAUCUGCCAGUCGUCUUCACUCUUCCUCGGGGGCGUGAUGAUCCUCUGCGUUCAGCUCGUCCCGCUUGAUUUACCAAUUGUGGGUGUGAUCCUCGAGAUGCUGGGGAAGUUUGGCAUCACGUCUGCAUUUUGCAUCGUGUACGCCGUCUCGUCAGAGCUCUUCCCCACUGUGAUUAGAAACACAGCAAUGGGGUGUUGCUCCAUGUCUGCUCGGAUUGGAACCAUCAUGUCUCCCUUCAUCAUUUACCUGGGACAAUACUUCAGGGCACUGCCGUACAUAUUGAUGGGGGCUCUCGCCAUCGCUGGUGCCGUCUUGUGUCUCCUGCUGCCUGAGACUUUUGGGAAGACGUUGCCGGAGACCAUAACACAAAUGCAGCCGGUGUGGAGGAAAAGAGGGAAAAACCAGAAGGAAGCUGAACAUGGAGAGAGCGAGGCUGAAAAUCAGACAAAGUUUUAAUGACUUAUCAUCUUUUGUAUAUUUGCAUUGUGUUUAUUUGACUCUAACUAGUCACCAUGGAGUUGUACUAUGAAAGAGGAUUUGUUUGUAUCCUUAUAACUCCAGGUUUACUUGAGGAUUUUCAGUCCUAAGAAGCUCUUCUCAUCGCGGCAAAUUACCUAACUGUGUUUCUUUUAGCCUUUAUAAAUUGUUUAUACUGCUCUCAGGUCACAUGAUGGUGAUGGUCAAUAUCAAUAAACCCCGCCCCUUUUAUGUGCACGAACCAAUUAUCAAGAUAAGGAAAACCUGGGUUGACUUGUUGAGUUGAUAAUAACUUAUCCCAUUUGAUUGGUUAAGGUCAGACAGAUAACUGAAACCUAUCCUAGGUAUAGUGAACUUUUUUGUUAUACAGGCCCAAGUUGACACAUUUAUGAAAUGUUGUUGUUUUAUGUUUGGUUAUGUGUCUUUGUAUUUGAAAAGCUUUAAAUAUAUUGCAUCCGUCUAAUCAUUUUUUGUGUAGCAAGUAGAAAAUUGGAGAUUAGGCAUGUUUUAAAAAGACUUGCACUUCUUUUUAUUUUUACACUGAUUUACAGUUAAUUUGUUUAAGUGUCUACUUUAAAAUUAUUUGGUAAGUGGACAUCAUGUAUUUAAUAUUGAUUGCAAUGUCUUUUACUCAUGUCUCAAUUACACUAGCAACCUUUAAAGUUUUUUAAGCAUGUGAUGAUGUUG